AAUCCCAAGACUAUAUAUUAUAAAUUUAUAAUAUCAUCUUCUUCCCCUCAUAAAAAGUCUAAAACUCUUAGCUUUUUACAGGUCAAAUUUAUGAGAAUUAGCAAGUGUAUGUGAAGAAGAAUUAUGAUUAAUUAUUAUUAUUAUUAUUAGUAAGCAAUAAUUAUUAUAAAAGUUUGAUAAUAUCUAUGAGUUUCAAGCAAGAUCUCGUUUAAUUUGAUACAUUAUUUCUUCACUUUGAAAUUGGUGUAAAUCUCUCUUCCCUUUUACUUUCUCUACACGAGAUCCAAACACGGUACUCCUCCCCUUUGCUUCAAUCACCCCUUUAAUUUCCCCACGGUAUAUCAACCUUUUCAUUACAUACAUUUUCUCCCUUCCCUAAACCCGCCCCUUCACAUAAAUUUACACACUUCGUUACACAACACAACACGAUACAAUCACUUGUCUAUAUUUCUUUUUUCGCGACUGAAUUACUUAUCAGUCGCAAAUUUAGAUACAUACAUACGGUCGGUCAUAGGUUUUCAUUUUUUCUAAUCAUGUGAAAAAAGUAAAAAAAAAAAAUUCUUCAUGAAUUUGUAACCUAUUUUUUUGUAUUUAAAUUUAAAAUUUAGGAAAGUCUAAGCAAAGGUGAAGUAGUAUAAUUUGUUGACUUUGGGUUUGACAGUUCAAAUCUGGUGAAAGCUGCUGAUAAAUCACUAAAAAACACAGCUAUAUACCUGCCUUAGCUUUAGCUGCUCUACUCAAAAAGGAGAAAAUCCUUCUCAACUGUUUUUCUAAGUGACCUUUUUACAUCAUAUCUUCUCUUCAAGGGUAGAUCUUCUUGUUGCUUUUUUCUUUACUUUUAUAAAAUAUAUUUUCUUACUAUUAUUCUUGAUUUGAUGUUUUUUGUUUUUAAAUAUAGGUAAGCUUGAAUUUGACAUAGAGAUUAAGGAGAAGAUAAAGGAAAUGGCGUCGUCGUCGAAUUCGCCGUGUGCAGCGUGCAAGUUUCUAAGGAGAAAGUGUCAACCAGAAUGUGUUUUUGCGCCCUAUUUUCCACCAGACCAACCUCAGAAAUUUGCAAACGUGCACAAAGUGUUUGGUGCUAGUAAUGUAACAAAGCUUCUGAAUGAGCUCCACCCACAUCAAAGGGAGGAUGCGGUCAACUCGUUAGCUUACGAGGCGGACAUGCGCCUUCGGGAUCCUGUCUACGGCUGCGUGGGUGUGAUUUCCUUGCUUCAGCACCAGCUUCGACAGCUCCAGGUGGACUUGUCUUGUGCUAGGACCGAGCUGUCUAAGUACCAGAGCUUUGCUUUCCCCACCCCCGCUACAGGAGGUUGUAGUGGGGGUGGUGGGGUUAUAGCGGCUUCUGCUAUGACAAGUACGGCUGCUACGGCAACAGCCGCCAACCACCACCACCACCACCAUUCUCAGUCCCUCGGAAUUGGCCUUCUUGGAAUAGGUGGUGGUGGUGGGUUUUCUGCUGGUGCGAGGGACCAACACCAGCAGCACUUAUACUCCCACCACCAAUUUUUCCCGAGCAACCACCAAGCGGGUGCUGGACUUGGGAUUAAUAGUAUAAGAGGUUUCGAUAUGGCGGCGGGUGGUAGUGGAAGUCACGGUUAUGAUGCUGGCCUUCUUGCCAUGAACAUGAAUGUCUCGGCUGCAGCCGGUAUCGGACAGCUUAGUCAGCUCCAUCAACAACCUACUGCUAGGACUGCCGGUGGCGAUGACCGCCGUAGUAUUGAUCCGUCUUAAUCUCCUUAGGGUUUCAUGCCAUGGCUUCUUCUCAAACCCUACCAUAGGCUCGUAAACAUGGAAGAUCUAGCGAAAUUCACUAUUUUGAAAGGAAAAAAUGAGAGACCAAGCAAGAUAGAAAUGAUCAAAAGGAGCAAGACAAAUGAGAUAGAGGAAGUUGAUGUCCUCAUAUAUCCAUAUUAUUAACAUCUUUACAUUGAAAUUUUUUGCCAUAUAUGUGUACCUAUUUUAUCUCUUUUUUUUCCCUUUUUUUUUUCUUCUCCUAAGAAAUCUAAAUUCUGUCAUAUUUUAUGGGACAAAUACAUGCAUGUGUUCUGGUGU